AUGUUUUCUCGAAGUAUCAUGCUUAAUAGUGGAUAUGAGAUGCCUCUGACGGGGUAUGGUCUCUGGGAUGUGAGCAAAGCCGUUUGUGCUGAUCAAGUUUAUGCUGCUAUUAAAGAGGGUUACCGAUCAUUUGACGGCGCAUGUGAUUACGGGAACGAAGUCGAAGCCGGACAGGGAAUCGCGCGUGCCAUUCAUGAUGGAGUUGUUCGACGCAGCGAGCUCUUUAUCGUGUCCAAACUCUGGUGUACCUUUCACGAUCCCAAACAUGUCCAAAUGAUUGCACGCAAGCAGCUCUCUGAUUGGGGAUUGGAUUACUUUGACUUAUAUCUGGUUCACUUUCCAGUUUCGUUGAAAUAUGUUGAUCCAUCUGAACACUACCCUCCGGGAUGGACAGCUACCCCACUUACAAAUAGCAAGAAUGUUGAACUUGACCACGUCCCAAUGCACGAAACCUGGGGAGCCAUGGAAUCCCUAGUCAAAGCCAAGCUCACAAGAAGCAUCGGGAUCAGCAACUUCCACAUACAGCUGAUCAGUGACCUACUGUGCUACGCGUGUAUAAGGCCCGCCGUGUUGCAGAUUGAGCACCAUCCAUAUCUCACCCAGACACGUUUGGUGGACUACUCUCAAGGGCAAGGAAUAGUGGUAACAGCAUACUGUUCCUUUGGCCCCCAGAGCACCGUGGCAGCUAAAUUGGAAAAUGUCGACGAAAUUGAUUCACUACUGGAUCAUCACUUGAUCAAAACCAUUGCGCAAAAACAAGGCAGGGCAUCAUCCCAGGUUCUACUGCGCUGGGCAACUCAACGUGGAAUUGCCGUCAUUCCCAAAAGUAGACGUCCAGAGCAUAUGCGUCAGAAUUUGGAUAUGGAGUGGAACCUGAGUGAAGUUGAAAUUGAGGCUAUUAGUGCUUUGAACCGAGGGCUAAGGCUCAAUGACCCAAUCCUACAUGGAUACAAUGUCCCAAUAUUUGUAUGA